AUGGCCUCCCACUCCGGGGAGCCAGGGCUCCUGCCCUGUGGGUCCUGUGACAUGGUUUUCCGUUCCUGGGCCCUGCUGGCCACCCACACUCAGCGCUUCUGCAUUGGCCGUCAGCCCCGGGAGCUGACAGUUGGAGAACAGCCCCCAAUAGCCACUGAACCACGGAGGAUUCCUCACCCCACACCCUGUACCCAGGUUGUGCCACAAGAACACCAGGGCCUCCCAGACCAGGAGGCCAGCAAAUCGGCUCUGAAGAGGCUAACAGAUGAGGUGCAGCGGCUGUGGCUGUAUCUGCAGGAAAUGCGACCCAGCAUAACAGAGGUCCCCAGCGGGUCACAGGGGCCCUGGAGGCGGUCAGAGGCACCGACUCAGGGUCCCAACUACGAGGCUGCUGGGAGCCCCGGCGAGCGGCUGAGGGCGCUGCACCGGACUCACGCAAGGCGCUUGGCAGAGACCAAGGCACAGAGCUGUGCCCUGGAGCGACGCGGCGAGGAACUGAGCCGGCACCUCCAAGGUUUGGCUUGGACCCGGGACGGGAAAUCACGCAUAUUCAGCCUGGAGCGGGAGCUUCGAGAACUCCGGGCAGAAGCCGGGCGAACGCGGGGUGCUCUAGAGGAGUUAGGGGCGCACGUUCAGCAGCUACAGGCUAACCCCGGGACCCGGCUGAACGCCUUACGAGAGGCAGAACUCUGUGGUCCGGUGCUACAGGCAAACCCAGGGACUCUGGCUGCGGAGAUCGGGGCCCUGCGUGAGGCCUACAUUCGAGGCGGGGGCCGGGACACCGGCGUUUUGGGCUGGAUAUGGCAGUUACAGGUGGAGGCGUCAGCUCUGGAGCUUCGGCGGUCGCGGACCCGCAGGGGAAGACAGGCAGGUGCCGCAUUCAAGGAGCUUCUAGCAGUGGAGGCUGAAAAUCGGCGCCUGGAGGCAGAAAUCCUGGCUUUGCAGAUGCAGAGGGGUGCAGGCCGGGUGCCCUGGGGGCACAGGGAGCCGAGACUUGUGGCCAAUCCCAGCCCAUGCCUGAGAAGGAGGGAAGAUCCCCCAAGCCUCCCGCCUCCAGUGGCUCCCCCGCUGCCGCUGCUUCCACACUCCACAGGCUCGCAGCUUCCUGGAACCAUGACCAGGAACCUGGGCCUGGAUCCAUACUUCCUCCUGCCCACAACUGACGUUCUGGGCCCUGCACCCUACGACCCUGGGGCUGGCCUUGUCAUUUUCUAUGACUUCCUGCGGGGCCUUGAGGCUUCAUGGAUUUGGGUACAACUAUUGACUGGCUUGGCCCGAGAUGGACAGGAUACAGGAGGGACCACAGCGUUGCCCCCAGCCCUUUGCUUGCCCCCACCUCCAGCUCCUGGGCCCAUGGGCAACUGUGCCAUCCUUGCCAGCAGGCAACCUAUACCCAGACUACCACCCUCACCACCAGUAUCCCUGGUCUGUGAGCUGCAGGCCUGGCAGGGGCUGGCAUGGGCUAAGGCACCACUGCCAAAAGCCUGGGCCUCACUGGCGCUAUUUGACCGGGAUCAGAGGGUCCUAAGUGGUCGUUGGCGUCUCCCACUUCGGACCCUUCCUCUGGACCCCAGCCUUAGCCGUGGGCAGCUGAAUGGGAUUCCCCAGGUAGGUCAGGCCGAGCUCUUUCUGCGGCUGGUGAAUGCAAGAGAUGCAGAUGUCCAGACACUGGCAGAGAUCAAUCCAGCAAGUGCCCAUGAGUACCAGUACCCACCUCUGGUGCCCAACUCACCUUCACUGGAGGCCAGCUCCCUGGCCCCAACAGCCGGCUUUGUUGACCCCCCUCCUCCUGAAGCCCCACCAGCGGCAGAGUCAAGCAGAGAGGAGGGUUUGGGCCCUCAGCACAGCUUUGACCCACCCCCACUGGCUUUCUGAGUCCAGAAGAAUGGGCGUAUGAGUAGCUUCGCAGGCACAGGACUGGGGCCUAGACUGAGGCCUGUUCUCCCAUCUGCAGCUUUACUGUUCCGUGUUCUGACAGAGUGUCUGGAAGCAAAUACAGAUGUGAACACACAACAUGAGCUCCAAUCACAGCUCUACCACCUUCCACAAGUACUUGGCCUUUCUUAUUAUCCUUUUGUAAAAAAGAUUGAUGUGAGGAUUAAACAGAUAUGUCAGGUAUUUACAGUAUUGCCUGGC